AUGAAACCAACAAGCACGUGUCUCAUCGGUAUUAUUAAAGCUCCAAAACCAGAACUUGUGCGAUACUCGAUUCCAGACAUAAAGUCUAUUCUGGUCAAAGAUCUUCCUGGACGUGGAUUUGGUUCGGGAAAUUACUUUAUCCCAAAGACUAAAUUUAAUCAUUGGCCGGUAUAUAAAAAAGUACAAAACACAAAGAUCCAAACGGAAAUCAAACGUAUACAGGGUGAUCUUCAACAACUUAAACGUGACUUGUUGAAGUUUGACCCGGAGUUGGUAAUUACUAUGAACCAAACAGCUGGAAUCAUGAAUGUUAAAGGUGAUGUUGUAAAGCAACUAAUGGCAUUGUUUGAAGAGCAACUGGCGAAAGCAAAAAACUAA